GUAAAAUACGACGAACGAGCGAUAAACAAAGGUCUGAAAAAGCAGCAUGAAAUCACCUGCGACACUCGUGGCAAGAGAGCCUGUCCCUGUCUAAGACUAGUCAUGAACUAACAAUAAUUAGCUCAAGAAUUGACAAUUUUAUCUGUUCUUAUCGACUGUCAUAAACGUAACUAUCUAGCUUAUAUGGUAAAAAAUGUAAUAAUUUGAAAUACAAUAUAACAGCAAGAAAUGAGUAUUAAAGAAAUAAGAUAAAAACAUAAUAAAAAGUUAUAUCCUAAGAUAUGGCGAGUUUAAAGCUAGUAAGAUCCCCCAUCUCACUUGUUUCAUUUGGCAGUUGGUUACAAGCCAAACGGCUGUUCUGAAAAAAUAUAUAAAUUGUAAACUAAAGCUACAAAGCAAAGGAUUGUCCUAAAAAAAUUGGGGGGCGUACCUGUGCUUAAAUUUCUCCAGAGGCUUUCUUUAGAUCUUCCAUAUAUUUGUCUGCAAUUUCCCCGCGACUUUCUUACAGACAAAUGAAUAGAAAAUUUUAAAAAGUGGUUCUAGGUCUUCUAGUAUAUGCAACGCCCUCAAAUUUUUUCAGGAGAAUCUUUAGGAGUGAAGCUUCAGUUUACAAAUCAUAUUUUUUUCAGAACAGCCGUUCUACGGAAAUUAUUCGACAUUAGAUUCUGAUACAAUCACUGUAAUUUCUCACGCCUUUGCCUACUCGUCAAGAUGGCGUCGAAAACCGUGACAAGUCUAUACGGGACGUACUCAACUUGGUCUUUGCUUUUCUUUCUUUGGCAGGUCUUCCUCUUUAUCCUUCCCCUCCAGUAGCCGAGCAUCCAGCUCUUUCUUAACAAAUUCACUUUUGUCGUCUGCUAGCCCAAUGGCGAAUUGCUUCAACUCGAUAUCUGUCCAUUUUCUCUCCCUAACCUCGAGCCGUUUCUUCCUUUUCCUUGCGGCAGCCAUUUUGUUGCCUUGGAGCCUCGAUUGCAUGCAACUUUUAGCACUUGAGUGCGUCUCGUUAAGUGCGUGCCGUUUUUAUACUAGACGUCUCAAACGUCUGAGAAGACUAAUUCAUCAGUUUUGUGCGUCGAUCGGACGCACUUAACUUCAGACGUUUUAUUCGGAUCGUCUGACGUUUAAUGCGUUUAAAUUGGAUGCACCUAUUCCUGAGCCACAAGGCAAGCAGUGCUAUAUAUAUGUUAUCAUUAAGAGUCCCUCAGCCGUAUGCUCCAAGUUGUGUUUAUUGAUAGGUUUCACGAAACGUUGAACAUAAUUGCGCAGAAAAAAGAUGUGUAUUGUUAAUAAGUGUCGUUCAAUAUUGUUAUUGCAGAUGUGCAUCGCAGGGGGUCUGGGAAUACCCGGAAGUGCCAGAGAAAGAACCAGUUCCCGCAAUGCUUUCGUAAGUAAGGCGUGGCUUCACAUGUGAUUCAGCACGGUUUCCUAAAUAAAUUAUCGCCAUUUGCCUAUAAUUAAAGGCCAAAUUCAUGCCUGGUUAAAGCAGUACUCUUCACUUCACUGCCCACCAUCUGAACACCUGAAACAGCUAGAGGCUCCUUGAUCGGGCUUUAAGCACUCGAACAAGGGCCUCUGCGAGCAGAGGCUACCUUUUUGGCGGUCAGAUAAGCCACCUCAUAUAUUUGAUGCUGUUUUUGUCUACAUUUUCUGCAAAAAAUGUAUAAUAAAGCAAUUAUUAGAUUCGGUUUUUGUGAUAUCCAGAAUAAUCAAGGUCUCGGCUCCGGCCCCGACUUAUCUCGACCUUGAUUAUUUCGGCUAUCACAAAAACCUCAUCUGAUAAUUGUUUAUUGCAGGCCGGGAAAAAGGAUCAGUUUUGAAAUCGUUUUUAUGGUCGUUCUAAUAGAUUAGCCUUUUUGUUAUUGACCCUGGCUUCCAAGUAUCGUACUUUGUGCAGAUGAAGGAUCCGGUUGUGUGUUGAAUGUUGUUUGCUUGAAUUUAUUAAUUUCUCAGGCUGGUGUUUUCAUGGGGUUUUCGAUUACCUCAGCUGUAUUAGGUGGAGUCAUCAUCAUAUGUUACAGUAUUGCGAUUUCUCAGCUCAGAAGAUAUGAUUCCAGGCGUAAUCGUAGUAGGACCUACUACGAUUACGAUUAUUACAACUAUCGUACGCGUUAUGGGCGAGAUAAUUACAACUAUCAUGGAAAGAUGGCCGUUCUUGCCAUUAUGCUUGUCUUGGGCAUUGUUACAUUCGGGACUGGAAUCUGGGCAGCGAUUUGCACCUGUUUGAUGAAGCCAUGCGGUUGCUGCGGACAGCCGCCGGUAAGUUAUAUGUAAUUCUUGAAGAAAUUCAUUAGGCUAGUAAAGUUAAUAUCUAUUUAAAUAUUCUCAAAACAUAGCCAAGAAAAAGUCUUAAUGAUGCUGCCAGUUUCGAUGACUGUUAGCCAUCUUUAUCAAAACUUGAAAAUCGUCAAAGGUGUCAGAAGCCUGAAAUAGGCUUCUGACACUGAAGGCUUCACCUCUCUACUUCAUUUCAAGUCAUGAGCUGUACCUCAUCGUGUUUGGUGGCAAAAAAGAGGCUCCUGGAGCCAUGAUUUAAAAAAAGCCACCAACGGUCUGAAAGUUAAGACAUCUUCGAGACCAACUGACAACCUCAAAAUAUGAUGUGAGACAUUCUGACAUGCUAAGGAGGUGAUGUUAAACACGUACGUUUCAAAGCUUGUGAGUUUUGCCUGCGACUCCUUACUAGGUCUUAAACUAAGCUUUGAUCUAUAUACUUCAGUGAUUUUGUGUAUUCGCAUGAGCAGCAGCUAUUAUUAUACACUUUUUCAGUUCUCAUCAUAUGCAUCCAUUUGGCAAUAACUGUUGCAGAAAAAAACCAUUCAAUCUACCAGUUUUUAAAGUCGGAAUCAGUGGCGAAUCCAGGGGAGGGGUCCCGGGGGACCCGCACCCCUUAUCCCUGGGUCUAGAUGCUAGAUGACCGCCCUCCCCCUUAUCUGAAGGUGUGGAUCUGCCACUGGCCAUUAAUGACAAUUCCGAUGUCCUGCUGCUUAUAAGCUCUGGGCUUAUACAUCCCCGUAAGGGGUUUUAGCAGGGCCUAUACACGGGGUGGGGGGGGGGAGGGGCUUCUAUCCGCUUUUUCUAGUCUUCUAGUCCGGUUAUAAGCCCCCUUAGCAGUGUUGCUCAAAAUGCAUUUUGCAUUUACCGGCUUUUGAUAAGGCUUAACUUAAACUUCAUAAUACAUCGAAUUUCCAAUUGGGAUGGCUUAUAAUCAGAUGUAUUCUUUUGUUCAGACAGAUGGAUUGUCCUAUAACUUGAUGAGCUUAUAAGUGUAGGGGGUGCUUGCAAGCUGCCGUGUUUACGGUAUUAUACUACUGCAUGAGAAAUUUCUGCAAUUUGAUUGGCUUAGAGCAGUGGUAUUUCAGCUUAAUUUGAAAUACCUACAUGUGAAAAUUACAAACCUUUUGUAGAUAGUAGCAUAAACAAAUAAUAGCAUGAUUUGUACCUGAUAUUGUUUGUGUUAUACUACUACAUGAGAAAUUUCUGCAAUUUGAUUGGCUUAGAGCAGUGGUAUUUCAGCUUAAUUUGAAAUACCUACAUGUGAAAAUUACAAACCUUUUGCGGGUAGUAGUAUAAACAAAUAAUAGCAUGAUUUGUACGUGAUAUUUGGCAUAAAUACCACUAGUGAUAUUUCAAAAUUGUCUCAAAUUUCACUCACCUAACGGCUCGUGAAAUUACGUAUAACAAUUUAGAAAUAUCACUCGUGGUAUUUAUGCCAAAUAUCGCUACAAAUCAUGCUAUUACCUAUACUAAUCAAAUGGUGACGAGUAAAAUUAGGGAAUGAUUUCACGCGCCUUUUGUUCAAAUCCUAAUAAUUUCCGGAGUUAUUAGGAUUUGCACAAAACGCAAGUGAAAUUAUUCCCAAAUUUUUGACAUAUUUAUCCUGGAUUGUAUCGAUCGAGAACUCCACUCUCUCAAAAGUUUAGACCUUAAAUUAAAGUUCAGAAUUUUCAAAAUUCUUCGACAAAAUACCUGUUAGAAUCCUUCUUGAUGUGCUCUUUCGUGUGUUCAGGUUUUCUAAAGCGUCUUUUUGUGACCUGAUAUCUUUAUUCACGGCAUUUUAAAACUUCGUCGCUAUCUUGACACUGAGACGUACGGAAGGCUGCCAUCAUAUGCUAAUUUUGUAAUUUCACGUGUGAAAUUACAAAUUAACGCUGAAAUUUCGCGCCAUUAUACUACUAUACUACUUCUGCAAUUUGGUUGGCUUAGAGCAGUGGUAUUUCACCUUAAUUUGAAAUACCUACAUGUGAAAAUUACAAACCUUCCACGGGUAGUAGUAUACAGCUGAGUAUAAACAAUUAAUAACAUGAUUUGUACGUGAUAUUAGGCACAAAUACCACUUGUGAUAUUUCAAAAUUGUCUCAAUUACGUGUAACAAUUUCAAAAUAUCACUCGUGGUUUUUAUGCCAAAUAUCACUACAAAACAUGCUAUCACCUAUAAUAAUAUAUUACCACAGGAAUUCACAUAUUUAAACUAAUAAAAUUCCAGGCAGGCUAUCGCUGCUGUGAGGCUGUCUGAUGUAAUCACUGCACGAUAUAAAUGUUACGUUAAGGCCCUUUGGUAACCGUAAGCUAGCGCCCUGUAUAAAACACUGCACUCUUAGCUUUUUUCAUUCUUCUCUUAUAAUUCUACUUUUGUUCUUCACUAUUUUAUUGCAUUGAGUUUGCGUCGUGAGUACGUUGUGUGAGUGAAAUGCCUGAAAAAGUAACAACAACCAUAAAAAUAUGGGGGAAAAAAGCGACAAGUGUUUUUUAAAACCCUUCUAUGUAAUUUAAUUUGUGCUCUUUAAAACGCAGUAAAAUUUUGUAUCCAUGGUAGAUCUAGAGUAGUGUGUAUAUGCCAGAAUAAUUUUCGUAAUAUGUUAAAUUAUUACAGGUAGACCAGCAGAUGUACGGUUACCCAGCUAGUGGUUACGUCAUGUCCGCGGGAGGUGUUCCUGUGGCUAUUCCAAUGCAGGCAAUGCAAGCAGGCGCCAGCGGUGCUGCAGCACAGGGUUACCAUCAACCGAUGGUGCUAGUGCCUGUCUCUGGUGCAGCAGGGGGUCAGCAACUGAUUGCUCAAGCUACCGCCCCUGGGGGGAUUGUCACCGGUACCCUUCAGCAGCAACAGAUGGAGGCUGGG